AUGGUUUUACGCAGCCAAAACUUAUCACUGAACGAGGGGGCAACUGGUACCAUCGUCAAUGAACAAAUGGACCACGACUUGUUGGAGAGGGCACCUGGUCCUCUACCCGACAAGCCGGAGGAAAUGGACAUUCCACUUAGCCAAGAGUCGGCUGGGAUGUCUAUCUCUUCGGAACAGGAGAGAGAUCUUCUGGAGCCUGGUCUAACUAAAAAGACUCAAACGAGGGUGAAGCUAUCCGGCGCUGGACGCAAAAGGUUGAAGGCUUUACUUGCCAAGGGCAUCCCGCUGGAAACAGCAAGGUCCUUGGCAGUAAAGCCGGCCACUGCGACUAACGAAGGGCAGGCAACACCAAAAAGAUCCCGAUCGGACAGCUCUACACCAACAUCAAGCUCAAAACCGACAAAGCGGAUUGCACUACAGGGCAAGAAAGUUGAUAAUAAAUCAACAGUGCCUGCAACUGCUUUGCCGAUUUUCAGUAGGAUGAAGGAAGUAGAGACCUCACACGGGGGCAAACCUGGUCCCAGUAAAGAGGUGGCGACGGUAUCUGUGGGGCAGGCUAAAUACAGUACUUCUUCCGAAGACCAUUGUUCAAAGCCUACCCUAGCAGAGACUGUUCGCUCUAAGAAGAUCGGUAUACUACCGCAUAAUUUCCCAGAGGGCAUUUGGUCCAAUGAGGAAAUUGGGAAGGUGCAGAAAUGCAUCCUCGACAAGAUGUACGAAACUUGUCGAGCUCCUGGGGUGAAGCCUCAUUUCGCCGGUUACAGUCUAAAGCCCGGAUGGUUUACCAUUAACUGUCUGGACGACGAGACUGUAACUUGGUCUAAAGAGACAAUCCCAGCCUUGAAGCCGUGGGAAGGAGCCCAGCUGAAGGUAGUGGACGAGGCAGAAGUGCCAAAGUCUGAAAUCUAUGUUGGCUACUUCCCAGGCUCAGCUUCCUGGCAAAGCGACCGUAUUCUGGGAAAAAUUGAGUGCCAAAAUUCGGGCAUGCGUGUCAGGGACUGGCGGGUACUCCACAGGCUCAAUAAGGGCGAUAUCGUCGAGAUGGCGAUUGCUCUGGAUCCUAUGUCGUCCGAAAUGGUCGGAAAGCUGGGCAAUAAAGUCUUCUAUGGACUUAGCAGUGCUGUGCUGAGACCAAGACAUAAAGGAAACAGAGCAAAGGAAGUGGUUGAAGAUGAGCGACCAACAACAUCUGCGGCUUGUGCUCAGUCAAGCAACCAGAAGCCGAAAACGGGUCUCAAUUCCGGGGGACCACCCUUGAGAGGGGCAGAAUCCGUGCCCAGGGCCGAAAACCUUCCGCUCUCUCUGGUCGUCUGA